UUAAAUAAUAUACAAUUAUUUAUGUAAAUUUUAUUAUUUGAGUUUUUUUUAAUGAAAGACUUAACGUUUAGAUCAUAUUGUCGCGAGACAACUACCUUAAAGACUAAGAAUUCGCAUAAUUCGAAAAAAGGCUCCGCGCUAACUUCAGUAAUCGCGCUUUUUUGAUAAUUUGGAUAGUUUUGAAAACUUAAAAUCUGACUACAAAAUUUAUAUAAAUAACAAUACCUCGAUAUUGUUAUUGUUGCAUUUCCGAUCUAUUAUACUGAUAACAAGUUAUCUUUAUCUUCAAUAAUUACAAGAAAUAUCUGCAGUAUAGAAUGAAUUUGUGCGAUUUCUAAGAAAGAAUUUCAAAAUUCCGUAGAAAACAAGUAAACCGCUUUAUAGCCACAAUAUUUAUAUAAUCAGAAUAUUAUUACAUUUAUGUAUUAUGCUGAUUUUAAAUUAUUUUAUCAUUAAAAUUUCGGAAUGUAAGCGAAUUUGUAGUAAAAAAUAUUUUUUUAUAUGCAAUAAUUCGAUGGGAAAGAAACGGACAUACUGUCAUGAUUUAAUACCAGCAAACCACACUAUUUGGUACGAGAUAUGGUAGAAAUGGAACACAAUGUUUGAUAACGCGGAUAUUUGAAUUUUUUUAUGUAUAAUGAAGAGGACGCUAGUAACCGAAACUAUAUUAUCAAUUAAAAUAAAUACACAAAGACGUUCACAAACAUGUAACAAUGAUUUAAUAAUCCAUUUACGUUACAAAAUUUAAUUUUGUAAUUUACAGAGUCUUAUUUGCAUCACAAAAAUUAAGAAUUUUUACUCUGUCAGUCAAUAUACAAAUUGAAAGAAUUGAAUGUUAUUUCAUAAAAGAUUAAUUUGUACAAAAUUAUUAUGUACAAAAACUCUAUUAUAACUCUUAUUUUAAAAUAUUAUAUAUACAAUAUUACAACUGCGUGAUUUCUGUUUUCGUCUAUCAAUUAGUAUCAUGCUUUAUGCUGAGAGUGACCUCUUAAGAACUGUUUAGAUGCUAAAACGUGUAUAUUAUAUCGACCAAUAUUUUUCUCAGUGUUCGAUGUCAUAGCGAAAUGAUAAUAUCGCGGAAAAGUUUAUAUAUCUUUCAACAUUCACAAUUCGAAAUGGUGUUAGAUGUAAUAUUCUUAAAAAAUUGUUCCUGGUAAAUUCUUGUGUUACAAUUAAUAUAUAUAGGUCAAAAUUCGAGAAAUUACAUCAAUAUGGCAUUCCAAAAAUUUUUAUUAAAUAGCGGACUAGUGUUAAUCGCAACAAUAACCAUUUCUCUUCCAACUGCUAACUGUAUCGAAAAUGACAAUCCAGUUACUGACAAGAACUUGCCAGAAAUAGUACCGUUGCAUUAUAAUGUCGAAAUACGAUUUUUAUUCAAGGACAAUAUUUUACUCGGACAAUGUAAUAUUGUUAUGCGUAUUAACCGUGUAUUGCACUUAAUAUCACUGAAUUCCGUACCUGUUCAUAUGAAUAGAGCAAUCUUGAUUGAUAGUAAAAAUAUUCCGAUUAAAUCUUCUGCAAUAAUUAACAAGUCUGAGAAUACUCUUACUAUUAAUUUGCAUCAGGAUGUACCUCCUGAAACAUACAUUCUAAAAAUUACAUAUGCGCGUAUUAUACAUGAAAACAGAAAAGUUUCUUUACCAAUAUAUCAAGACAAAUUAGGUGAUCAAAUGUUGAACCAAACAGGUGUUGAAGUAAUGAAGGCUUUACAACUAUUUCCGCACAUAAACGAGUCAACCAUCAAUUGCUUGUAUAAAAUUGCCAUCAAACAUGAUGAAGAAUAUGCAGUUUUAUCGAAUAUGCCUAUACGAGCACGAAAUAAAGCUGACAAUCGCAUGAUGUGGACUGAUUUUCACGAACAAUUAUUAAUGUCUGCUCAACACUUAUCGAUUGUGAUAACUACAUUUACUAAUGUUUCUAGUCACCUUGCAAAGGUUACCAUAUGGUGCAGACAAAAUGUUCAGCAACAAAUUUAUUAUGCACGAGAUGUUAUUGACAAGGUUGUACCUUAUGUUCAACGAAAAUACUUGCGGACAGUACCAAAAUUGGAUAUUAUUGCAUUGCGGCAUUCCCACGAUAGUCAUACGACAUUGGGACUCGUUUUGCUGAGAGAAGCAGAUAUUAUUUACAAUGAAACCUUGCAUCCCGUUACACGCAAAAGAGAAAUUGCGCACAUAAUAGCGCGUCAAUUGGCGUUACUUUGGUGUGAAGAUGCAUUACUUUGGUCAAAAGAAGGUUUUGUUACAUUUUUCGGAGCGCAUAUCUUGGAUCAGGUGUACCAAGAUGAUCACAUGAUGGAUUUAAUGGUCGUUCAAGCACAGCAAGAUUCUUUACGUUACGACACUCCUUCUACUAUAUACUCUCCAACAUUGAAAAACACAAACAUUUCUCAAGUCAUUUCACUAGGGUCUGCACAAAAUCAAAUGAAAUCAUUCAUAAUAUGGCGCAUGUUACACCUUAUCAUUCCUAGUGCGUUUUGGCGUGGUCUCCGCACACAUAUAUAUAAGCACCGUAUGUAUUUAAACACGACGCCAGGUGAUUUAUGGAACACUAUGCAAACUAUUCACAAUGAAAGUGACCCGAAACAUAUGCUUAGUUCUCAUUUAAAAAAAAUAAUAACCAAUUGGAUAACCAAAAAAUAUUAUUUUGUUCCAAAUGUGAAACAAACUCAUUUUCCUGCACAGCACUUCUUAGGUUGGGAGAUAAGCUACAUUCAAUCUCCAAAUCUAUCACUUAAGAAUAAGACAAAAAUUUGGAUACAUGUAACAUAUAUGUUGCAAUCGUCUUUUAAUUUUAACAAGACUGUUCAUUCGUCUUGGAUAACUCCGAAUAUAUCAAAUAUACAAUUUGCAGACAGUAACUAUAAUGCAACCGAUUGGAUUUUAGUCAACAUACAACAAACUGGGUAUUAUCGCGUCAAGUAUAAUCACGAACACUGGAAGAAACUUCUGCGCUAUUUAAACUCUGAAAAUUAUUCGAAAAUACAUAUUCUUAAUCGUGCUCAAAUCAUCGAUGACGCGUUUUACUUCUUUUUACAAAAAGAACUCAGUUACAACUUCUUUUGGAAUCUUACGAGGUUCGUAACACAAGACGCGAAUUUUGUCACAUGGUAUCCUAUGAUCAAAAUCUUUGAAUUCUUUGCUUGCAUGUAUCCGCUUGAAUAUGGUUAUGGUUUUAUAAUAACGAAAAUGAUGAAAAACAGAAUAAAUCAACUUUUUACAAAAAUAGGAUACACUGAAAAACCGACAGAUCACAUUCUUACUAUAUAUUUGAGACAAGAAGCUGUAAAAUGGGCAUGUAUACUAAAUGUUUCUAAGUGCCAAGAAGUAGCUGCUUCGAAAUUCAACAAAGAACUUCAAAAUUCUGUAGAAAACAAUAAUUUGAUAGGGAAGAAAUGGAUAUACUGUUAUGGUUUAAGAACAGCAAACUACACUAUUUGGUACAAGAUAUGGCAGAAAUGGGAGGCAACGUCUGAUGAAAGUUAUUUAGAAUACCUAACAUGCUCAAAUUAUCAUAUUAUUUGCACUCUUUUGAAAAUAACAGUAUCAGAAAAAAUUCAGCCUAAUGAUAGCAAACGGGCCAUUAGGCGUGCCAAUGCAUUUCUUUUUACUGUUGCCAAACAUUCAAAAACAGAAGAAGUGAAUUCUUGUCUUUUUGAAAUUUUUGAACAAAUUAGUUUCAGUUCAAAUAGGCCAAAUGACAUAAUUGCAACAUUAAUUGUAAUUAUUACGCACUCCGAACGUUACAUGGCAAGGGUAAAUAUAUUCGCAGAAAAGCACUAUAAAAUACCAAUGAUUCAAGCCAUUGAAAGUAAAAUAAGAAAACGAAGAUCGGAAGUCGGAAGACUAGUCAACAACUACGGGUACUAUUUUAGUAACACCAAAAAGACAUAAAUAGCAAAAUAUCUGAGUCAAGAUAAAAGACUAAUUCACUUGUUAAUCAUAUACAAUCAUAUACAUGUAUCGAUAACUAUUAUAAUCUCUGCUUUGGCUUUUAUUAAAUAAUAUCUGAGAA